AUGAAAAGUAUCGAAAAGAUAUCGAAAAGUAUCGAAAAGAUAUCGAAAAGUAUCGAAAAGAUAUCGAAAAGUAUCAUAAAGAUCGAUAAGUAUCAAAAAGAUAUCGAAAAGUAUCGGUAUAUCGAAAAGUAUCGAUAUAUCGAAAAGUAUCGAUAUAUCGAUAAGUAUCGAUAUAUCCGAUAUAUCGAUAAGUAUAAGUACCGAAAAGAUAUCGACAAGUACCGAAAAGAUAUCGACAAGUACCGAAAAGAUAUCGACAAGUACCGAAAAGAUAUCGAAAAGUAUCGAAAAGAUAUCGAAAAGUAUCGUAAAGAUAUCGAAAAGUAUCGAACAGAUAUCGAAAAGUAUCGAUAUAUCGAAAAGUAUCGAAAAGAUAUCGAAAAGUGCCGAAAAGAUAUCCAAAAGUACCGAAAAGAUAUCCAAAAGUACCGAAAAGAUAUCGAAAAGUACCGAAAAGAUAUCGAAAAGUACCGAAAAGAUAUCGAAAAGUACCGAAAAGAUAUCAAAAAGUAUCGAAAAGAUAUCGAAAAGUAUCGAAAAGAUAUCGAAAAGUAUCGAAAAGAUAUCGAAAAGUAUCUAUAUAUAAUGAAAAAUAUUGAUAAGUAUCGAAAAGAUAUAGAUAAGUAUCGAAAAGAUAUCGAUAAGUAUCGAAAAGGUAUCGAAAAGUAUCGAAAAGACAUCGAAAAGUAUCGAAAAGAUAUCGAAAAGAUAUCGAAAAGAUAUCGAAAAGUAUCGAAAAGAUAUCGAAAAGUAUCUAUAUAUAUCGAAAAGUAUCUAUAUAUAUCGAAAAUAUCGAUAUAUGAGUACCGAAAAGAUAUCGAAAAGUACCGAAAAGAUAUCGAAAAGUACCGAAAAGAUAUCGAAAAGUACCGGAAAGAUAUCGAAAAGUACCGAAAAGAUAUCGAAAAGUACCGAAAAGAUGUCGAAAAGUACCGAAAAGAUAUCGAAAAGUACCGAAAAGAUUUCGAAAAGUACCGAAAAGACUUCGAAAAGUACCGAAAAGAUAUCGAAAAGUACCGAAAAGAUAUCGAAAAGUACCGAAAAGAUAUCGACAAGUACCGAAAAGAUAUCGACAAGUACCGAAAAGAUAUCGAAAAGUAUCGAAAAGAUAUCGAAAAGUAUCGAAAAGAUAUCGAAAAGUAUCGUAAAGAUAUCGAAAAGUAUCGAAAAGAUAUCGAAAAGUAUCGAUGUAUCGAUAAGUAUCGAUAUAUCGAUAAAUAUCGAAAAGUGCCGAAAAGAUAUCCAAAAGUACCGAAAAGAUAUCCAAAAGUACCGAAAAGAUAUCGAAAAGUACCGAAAAGAUAUCGAAAAGUAUCGAAAAGAUAUCGAAAAGUAUUGAAAAGAUAUCGAAAAGUAUCGCAAAGAUAUCGAAAAGUAUCGAAAAGAUAUCGAAAAUAUCGAAAAGAUAUCGAAAAGUGCCGAAAAGAUAUCCAAAAGUACCGAAAAGAUAUCCAAAAGUACCGAAAAGAUAUCGAAAAGUACCGAAAAGAUAUCGAAAAGUACCGAAAAUAUAUCGAAAAGUACCGAAAAGAUAUCAAAAAGUAUCGAAAAGAUAUCGAAAAGUAUCGAAAAGAUAUCGAAAAGUAUCGAAAAGAUAUCGAAAAGUAUCUAUAUAUAAUGAAAAAUAUUGAUAAGUAUCGAAAAGAUAUAGAUAAGUAUCGAAAAGAUAUCGAUAAGUAUCGAAAACGUAUCGAAAAGUAUCGAAAAGACAUCGAAAAGUAUCGAAAAGAUAUCGAAAAGAUAUCGAAAAGUAUCGAAAAGAUAUCGAAAAGUUUCUAUAUAUAUCGAAAAGUAUCUAUAUAUAUCGAAAAGUAUCUAUAUAUAUCGAAAAUAUCGAUAUAUGAGUACCGAAAAGAUAUCGAAAAGUACCGAAAAGAUAUCGAAAAGUACCGAAAAGAUAUCGAAAAGUACCGGAAAGAUAUCGAAAAGUACCGAAAAGAUAUCGAAAAGUACCGAAAAGAUAUCGAAAAGUACCGAAAAGAUAUCGAAAAGUACCGAAAAGAUUUCGAAAAGUACCGAAAAGAUUUCGAAAAGUACCGAAAAGAUAUCGAAAAGUACCGAAAAGAUAUCGACAAGUACCGAAAAGAUAUCGACAAGUACCGAAAAGAUAUCGACAAGUACCGAAAAGAUAUCGACAAGUACCGAAAAGAUAUCGAAAAGUAUCGAAAAGAUAUCGAAAAGACUCGAAAAGAUAUCGAAAAGUAUCGUAAAGAUAUCGAAAAGUAUCGAAAAGAUAUCGAAAAGUAUCGAUGUAUCGAUAAUAUCGAAAAGAUAUCGAAAAGUAUCGAAAAGAUAUCGAAAAGUAUCGAAAAGAUAUCGAAAAGUAUCAUAAAGAUCGAUAAGUAUCAAAAAGAUAUCGAAAAGUAUCGGUAUAUCGAAAAGUAUCGAUAUAUCGAAAAGUAUCGAUAUAUCGAUAAGUAUCGAUAUAUCCGAUAUAUCGAUAAGUAUAAGUACCGAAAAGAUAUCGACAAGUACCGAAAAGAUAUCGACAAGUACCGAAAAGAUAUCGACAAGUACCGAAAAGAUAUCGAAAAGUAUCGAAAAGAUAUCGAAAAGUAUCGAAAAGAUAUCGAAAAGUAUCGUAAAGAUAUCGAAAAGUAUCGAACAGAUAUCGAAAAGUAUCGAUAUAUCGAAAAGUAUCGAAAAGAUAUCGAAAAGUAUCGAAAAGAUAUCGAAAAGUAUCAUAAAGAUCGAAAAGUAUCGAAAAGAUAUCGAAAAGUAUCGAUAUAUCGAAAAUAUCGAUAUAUCGAAAAGUACCGAUAUAUCGAAAAGUACCGAAAAGAUAUCGAAAAGUAUCGAAAAGAUAUCGAAAAGUACCGAAAAGAUAUCGAAAAGUACCGAAAAGAUAUCCAAAAGUACCGAAAAGAUAUCGAAAAGUACCGAAAAGAUAUCGAAAAGUACCGAAAAGAUAUCGAAAAGUACCGAAAAAUUUUCGAAAAGUAUCGAAAAGAUAUCGAUAAGUAUCGAAAAGAUAUCGAUAAGUAUUUAUAUAUAAUGAAAAUAUCGAUAUAUAAUGAAAAGUAUCGAAAAGAUAUCGAUAAGUAUCGAAAAGAUAUCGAUAAGUAUCGAAAUUUUAUAGAUAAGUAUCGAAAAGAUAUCGAAAAGUAUCGAAAAGAUAUCGAAAAGUACCGGAAAGAUAUCGAAAAGUACCGAAAAGAUAUCGACAAGUACCGAAAAGAUAUCGACAAGUACCGAAAAGAUAUCGAAAAGUAUCGAAAAGAUAUCGAAAAGUAUCGAAAAGAUAUCGAAAAGUAUCGUAAAGAUAUCGAAAAGUAUCGAACAGAUAUCGAAAAGUAUCGAUAUAUCGAAAAGUAUCGAAAAGAUAUCGAAAAGUAUCGAAAAGAUAUCGAAAAGUAUCAUAAAGAUCGAAAAGUAUCGAAAAGAUAUCGAAAAGUAUCGAUAUAUCGAAAAUAUCGAUAUAUCGAAAAGUACCGAUAUAUCGAAAAGUACCGAAAAGAUAUCGAAAAGUAUCGAAAAGAUAUCGAAAAGUACCGAAAAGAUAUCGAAAAGUACCGAAAAGAUAUCCAAAAGUACCGAAAAGAUAUCGAAAAGUACCGAAAAGAUAUCGAAAAGUACCGAAAAGAUAUCGAAAAGUACCGAAAAAUUUUCGAAAAGUAUCGAAAAGAUAUCGAUAAGUAUCGAAAAGAUAUCGAUAAGUAUUUAUAUAUAAUGAAAAUAUCGAUAUAUAAUGAAAAGUAUCGAAAAGAUAUCGAUAAGUAUCGAAAAGAUAUCGAUAAGUAUCGAAAUUUUAUAGAUAAGUAUCGAAAAGAUAUCGAAAAGUAUCGAAAAGAUAUCGAAAAGUAUCGAAAAGACAUCGAAAAGUAUCGAAAAGAUAUGGAAAAGUAUCGAAAAGAUAUCGAAAAGUGUCUAUAUAUAAUGAAAAAUAUCGAUAAGUAUCGAAAAGAUAUCGAUAAGUAUCGAAAAGAUAUCGAUAAGUAUCGAAAAGAUAUAGAUAAGUUUCGAAAAGAUAUCGAAAAGUAUCGAAAAGACAUCGAAAAGUAUCGAAAAUAUCGAAAACACAUCGAAAAGUAUCGAAAAGAUAUCGAAAAGUAUCGAAAAGAUAUCGAAAAGUAUCGAAAAGAUAUCGAAAAGUAUCUAUAUAUAUCGAAAAUAUCGAUAUAUAAGUACCGAAAAGAUAUCGAAAAGUACCGAAAAGAUAUCGAAAAGUACCGAAAAGAUAUCGAAAAGUAUCGAAAAGAUAUCGAAAAGUAUCGAAAAGAUAUCGAAAAGUAUCGAAAAGAUAUCAAAAAGUAUCGAUAUAUCGAUAAUAUCGAAAAGAUAUCGAAAAGUAUCGAAAAGAUAUCGAAAAGUAUCGAAAAGUAUCGAAAAGAUAUCGAAAAGUAUCGAAAAGAUCGAAGAAAAGAUAUCGAAAAGUAUCGUUAUAUCGAUAAGUAUCGAUAUAUCGAAAAGUAUCGAUAUAUCGAUAAGUAUUGA